AUGAUGAAGGGUUUCAUCACAAUCUAUCAAAAAUUUCUAUUGAUUAUUAACAAUUUGGUGACCAGCCGUGGAAACGUCGAUGAAGUGAUGAACCUGUCGUUCAUCGUCAUCUACCUCGUCGUGCCAAUACUCGGUGUCGCCCUAAAUUUCUACGUUUUCGCUAGAUUGAUUCGUGUAGCCAGAGCAAACGCCGUUCGCUUUGAGACCACCUCAGCCCUUCCCCUAUGUGCCAUGUCAGUGUCGGACUCAGUUUGUCUGCUAGCAGAGUUUUCACAGGUGGUUUUCCAUUGGUGGAUCGUUCGCGCAAUCUCGGAUGCCGAUCAAAAAGCAAAUCGAGUGCUCGUGUUCACAUUUUUCUGCAAAGCCAACAUUUUUUUGAUGCACACCACAUCGGCUUUCUCCGUUUGGUCGUGGCUCGUUCUGUCGAUUCUUCGAUACACUGCAGUAUUUCAUCCGUUGAAAUAUCGAACCAUUUGGAGACAGCCCAGAGAUGCUUUAAAAUUAUUGGUCGUUGUUUGUUCAUUAUGCGAGUCCUGGAUUUUGCUGGUGGUUGUCUAUUUUCCGUCGGACAACAAGGGUCCAGCGAUGUGUGCAGAGAAUCCGAGUAUCGAUCAGCACACAAUCAAGAUGGCUCACCUAAUGGACAUUUGCAUGUUCUACGCAGUGCCUGCCAUGUUGCGAAUCUUUUUUGAUGGAAUCGUGCUCUUUCAUUGCUAUUCACCAUAUGGAACAAUCGAUGAGCCACCAUCACUCUACGAGAGGCGAUACGCCAUUUCGUUGCCUAGCAUGGAAAGAAGAAUGUCGACAACUGAAAACGACUUCUUGAACAGUGGCGCCAACAUGGCUUUGGUCGUCUCGAUGGCUCAAUGCGCCGGCCAACAAAUGACGAAAAAGCGUCAAUUGUAUCAAAAACGACGACAAGCAAUGAUCAUGCGGUCGAUCACGAUCUCGGCUUUGAAUCUCCUUUGCAAUUUGCCUCAUCAUAUCCACCGAACGUGGUUGACGCUAAUGGAUGGGGAUCUGCAAGAACAACAAGUCGAGUCAGAGUUCUCCAAAUAUAUUGAAUCGAUCACCCAAGUGCUCUACUUCUCGCAAUUCGCGUGCAACGCGUUUUACCUCUCGACGAGUAUCUAUGAGACGACUGCGCACACAAGGCAUGCCAUUCUCUCAUCGGGACCAAAAACGGUGACUCGAAUCGAAUCGCGAGACGAUGAA